AAUUAUCUGCUUCCAUCCCGCCGCUCGCGCUGCCUCGCGUCCCAAAAGACCAAAAAAUAGGAAAAGUUAUUUAAAACACGAAUGAAAAGCAAAAAUGAAAGGGGCAGCAGAGCAGCUUCAAUAAUCAAUUCUCAGACCAACUCUUUUCAGAUAAGAACCUUUCUCUUCCAUUCCACCCCAGUCGUAGAACGAAGAAGACGAGCAAAUAGGGAAUAUAUAGGCACUUUUUGGGGUUCAUCAAAGAAAUUUAACGGGUAUUCCAAAUGGCCGAGGAAACAGAUGCUGCAUGAUGUCAGUAAUUUUGCGGAGCACCUAUUUUGGAGGUGGCAGUCCAGCGCUGAUGAUUACUACUGGCUACUGCCAUCAAUCUUCAAGCCAAGACAGUUCAUGGUUCAGACCAUAUUUUGGGGAUGACGGAUACAAAAGGGGCAAGUCAGGAAAUAGAAGAUCUGGGACAUGGAAAAAUUUUAAUUUCUGUGAAGAUCGGAAUAUGAGACUAUUUGUCGUUCUGCAUUCUGUGGAAGUCCGUACUUUGGUUGGUCCUUCAUAACUGACGAUGACCCAAGAUAUUGGAACUGUUGGAAUGAGGAAUCGAAAAUAUCCAGAAAUUAAAAAAAAAAAAUUAAUUCAAUAAAAAAGAUCGUCUAGGUGUUCACAUGUACAUUAUAUUAAAAAUGAAGAAUUCGAUUUUUUUUUACCUA